GGUUGCACUUACCUUCCAAGCUGGCUCGGAGAAGUUGAGACAGUAACGCCGACGUGGUAGCCGCAGCCGGCGCUGCUUUCGCUGCGGGGUGAUUAGUCGGCAUCUACUGUAGCAAUUGAUUCACAAUGGAAGACUAUAUCAAAAUAGAGAAAAUUGGAGAAGGUACCUAUGGAGUUGUGUAUAAGGGUAAACAUAAAACCACAGGUCAAGUGGUAGCCAUGAAGAAAAUCAGACUAGAAAGUGAAGAAGAAGGGGUUCCUAGUACUGCAAUUCGAGAAAUUUCUCUUUUAAAGGAACUUCGUCACCCAAAUAUAGUCAGUCUUCAAGAUGUGCUCAUGCAGGAUUCCAGGUUAUAUCUCAUCUUCGAAUACCUUUCCAUGGAUCUAAAGAAAUACUUGGAUUCUAUCCCUCCUGGUCAGUUCAUGGAUUCUUCACUUGUUAAGAGCUAUUUGUACCAGAUCCUACAAGGGAUUGUCUUUUGUCACUCUAGAAGAGUUCUACACCGAGACUUAAAACCUCAAAAUCUAUUGAUUGAUGACAAAGGAACAAUUAAACUGGCUGAUUUUGGUCUUGCCAGAGCUUUUGGAAUACCUAUUAGAGUAUAUACACAUGAGGUAGUAACACUUUGGUAUAGAUCUCCAGAAGUACUGCUCGGGUCAGCUCGCUAUUCGACUCCAGUUGACAUUUGGAGUAUAGGCACCAUAUUUGCUGAAUUAGCAACUAAGAAACCACUUUUCCACGGAGAUUCAGAAAUUGAUCAGCUCUUCAGAAUUUUCAGAGCUUUGGGUACCCCCAACAAUGAAGUGUGGCCAGAUGUGGAAUCUUUACAGGACUAUAAAAAUACAUUUCCCAAGUGGAAACCAGGAAGCCUAGCAUCCCAUGUCAAAAACUUGGAUGAAAAUGGCUUGGAUCUGCUCUCGAAAAUGUUAGUCUACGAUCCUGCCAAACGAAUUUCUGGCAAAAUGGCACUGAAUCAUCCAUAUUUUAAUGAUUUGGACAAUCAGAUUAAGAAGAUAUAGUUUUCUGACAGUUUCCACAUGUAUCAAGAGCAGAUAGUUAUAUUUUACCUUCAACUCUAUUUUUGUCUUCUGUAUUUUUGUUUUCUCUGUCGUAAAAUUUGAUCUGUACUUCAUCUUCUAACUUCAAAAGUUGUAACUUAAAAAUGUAAAUAUUGUUCUAUAUGAAUUUAAAUAUAUUCUGUAUAUGUGUGUAGAUCUCACUGUAACAACUAUUUGUUACUGUAAUAAAGCUAUAACUCUAAUAUUGAUGUCAGAAAUUGGGGAAAGUUAGCUUAAAUCAUAAUCGAACCUUACAACAGCCCAGUUUUCCUGUAGUUGGAAUUUAGGAAAGUGUGCUCUUUAAGUUCAAAGUUCAUAAUGCUUUGAAGUAUUUGUAUGCUCUGGAUGUUUAAAUUUUCCUGUCAGUUUCUUGCCAUGGGUUAAUUUCUACUGGCAUUUCAAUAUGUGAUUUAAAUAUUUAAGCAUUCAGAGUGAGAAAACUUCCCAGAUUUGAGAAAUGAUGCUAAAUUUAUAGAGGUUUUUACUAACUUAUAAGAAUAGCCUUAGAGUAUGCCAAAAUUUGCAAAGUUUUAUAGUUAAAGAUCAAAGGCUGCCCAUACCAGGGAAGAACAGUUGAGAGAAUUUGUGAGCUAUCCUAUUUUUAGGUAGGUUAUGAAAGAUAUUUAUCUAAGUGAAUUCUUAUGCCUUGGUCAAAGGUAAUAACUAUGUAAAGGGGUGGUUAUUGUGGCUUUCAUUUCUGACUUAGGAACACUAUGUCAAAAUUUGCAAAUAAAGCUUUUAUUAGCAGCCUUCUUAGAGGGUUCAAGUAUUUGUACAAGUAUUUAGCAAAAAUCACUAACUUUGGGAAUUAAUAAUACUCACUGUGAUUCUUAUUACCAGCCUAAUUUAAACGUUAUAGCCAAGAGAAAUGUCUAAGAAUAAUUUUAUCAUUUUUGUUGUGCAUCUUUCCUUUGACCCCGUGUCCUCUAUUUUUUCUUCCCGUUCGUUUACUUACGGCAAGAACGGGCAUUCAUGUGUGGUUGAUCCUGUCACCAAAUUGGCUGGGGAAUGGGUUAUCUUUACAUUGUCUUGUAAUUUCUUGCACUCUGCAGGAGAAAGUGUACAUAUGGGUCACUGUUUGGCAUUGGAACUUAGGAGAAGUUUGGUGGCUUUGUUGUAAGUUCUUUGGUGGAAGUUAUCUUGCAGUAAGAGAAUGCAGAGCCUUGGAUAUGGAAGUCACUUGGGGUCAUUGUGGAGAGUUAUUAAGAAUCGAUGGCGGAGAUUUGGUAAAUGAAAGGUAACAAAAGAUUUGAGAUGGGGAAAUGCACAUCUACAGGCGUGUUUCCUUAAACUACAAAGUGAAAUAAAAUGAUGUUUUUCAUGUCA